CCAUUUUCCCCAAAUUCCACUCGGAACGAGUGCGAGAUUCCACUUCUUCCAGAAUCAACCCUCCACUGUUCUUUUACUGCCUUGUGCGUCUCAGGUCGUCUUUUCCGAUGGACGGGGAAACGAAUCAGGUCAAAUCCACUCGCGUGGGGUACAAAAAGUCCCGAAAUGGUUGCAUACGUUGCAAGAAGCGCCGAGUCAAGUGUGACGAAGAUGUCCCUUGCUCUGCAUGCGUCAGGCACAGAGUCCGAUGUAGCUUGGAGCUUGUCAAAUCGGAUGACUACCAAGAACAAAAACCUCUGACCAAUCGCUCUCUUCAAACACCCAGCCACAGCCUCCCAGCUGGUAGUCCAGCAUCUCUACUAUCCGGGUCUUUGUUUUCCAGUCCUCUCGAUGAACCUGAUUGCUGGGUUUCUACCGCGGAGCUCAUGCUUCACUACACCACCGUCACGUACAAAACCAUGGUCUUUAACGAGAGAACCAUCCCGACCUUUCAGCAAUCAGUACCCCAAGUCGCGCUAGCAUAUCCCUGGCUUCUUCGACAAAUAUUAGCCUUUUCAGGCUAUCAUCUCGCUCACCUCCACCCCGAAAAGAGACAUUCCUACCUCUUGCAGGCAUCAAAACAUCAGAAUGCUUCUCUCCGCGGACUCAGAGAAGCGCUCUCCGAGCCAGUCACUUCAUCGAAUUGCCACGCUUUAUACGCCAGCACCACGUUCAUAGUAGUCAACAAAUUCGCGGCCUUUCCAAACUGUGACGACUUUCGAAGCCAUGGGUGCUCCCAACCUGUUCAUAGUCUCAUGGAGAUCUUUUCACUCGUCAACGGCAUGGAGGCUAUUCUUCAUUCACCAGGAGCCGCGGCUCUUAGGGAUGGUCCUCUCAGAGAGCUUUUCUGCGAGACCCCGCAUCCGCACGUUAACAGCUACCUUCUCCGUGGCCUUCAUGCCAGAUUACCCGAGCUUGCAAGGCGGAUAGCAUCUGACUCAAUGGAAGAUCAGUCCCGGACCGUGCUGACUUCCGCCGUCGUAUCCAUCACCGGUUGCGUCGACGACGCGUUUUCGAAUCUGUACAAAGUAUCACCACCAGAGCUGAGGGCCAUCUUCUCAUGGCCCAUGUCUGUGUCGCGAGAUUUCUUGGACCUGGCUGUGUCGGGACAUCCGUUGGCUCUGAUCAUCUUGGCGUACUACGACAUUCUACUGUACUGGGGCGAAACCGAGUAUUGGUUCUUUGAGAACUGGGCAGAGACCUUGAUCACUGCGAUUGUGGAGAAGGUCAAGGGUUCCCCGUGGGACGAUCUUCUCAAUUGGCCAGUUGAGGUAAUCUUACAUCAUUGAUCUAUUGCACGAGCAGGUCUCACAUUAAUGCCAGAAAUCCUUUGACGCCAGAGUGUAUUUGUACGUCGGUGAAGCAGAGAUUUGGCAUUAAUUUUGGAAUAUUUGUAUCGGUUUCUGCGUGUAGCUAACCCUCGGCUGCUUUAUUUGGCCUGUCUGAGCUGCAAUACCUACAAUGUCAACCGAAGAUAAGGGAUCUGAAGCUUGGGGUAAUAUGCAGUUGCGCCCUCAACCAUAC